GCAGACUCUCAUCUUUUUAAGUGGGACCAGUUGCAGAAUCACUAGGAAUUGGAUCAUUUAUUCAUUUUUUUUACUGCUACAUUAAAAAAAAACUUUAGUGUUAUGACUAAAAUGAUUCAUUUCAUUUGAAAUCAGAUAAAAGAAAAGACAGAAGGAACUGAUGGUUUUUCGAGCUUCUGUGAAAAUGCAGCAUUAAGCCUAUCUUUCCCUUUCAACCCAAAGCUGGAAAAGAUAAUCCGCACGAGACGUCAUCCCUGCUUUCUGGGAUAUACAGCACUCCUGAUCCCGGUUUGUUCUCACAAGAUCCUAUUCUCCAAACACAGAGAGCAGCCAGCUGGUGCUAUGUAAAGCAGAAGCUUCAGCCUUUUUAUUUUCUCCUUUUGCAUAAAGAAAUUCCGUCAAGGAUCUGAAUCGAGAUUGUCAUCAUGAGUGUCCAACAGCCCUGCAUUUUUCUCAGAGGAGGGAAAAAGAGACAAACAAGAAAUCUUACGAAUGACGAGCUGGACGAGCUGCGUGAAGCCUUCCUGGAGUUCGAUAAAGAUAAAGACGGCUACAUCAGCUGCAAAGACUUGGGGAACCUGAUGAGGACUAUGGGCUACAUGCCAACAGAAAUGGAGCUGAUUGAACUGAGCCAGAACAUCAACAUGAACUUGGGGGGGCAGGUGGACUUUGAUGAUUUCGUGGAACUGAUGACUCCGAAGCUUUUGGAUGAAACAGCAGGGAUGAUCGGUUUAAAAGAACUCAAAGAUGCUUUCAGAGAGUUUGAUAUAGACGGUGACGGGGCGAUCACAUCCGAGGAGCUGAGACUCGCUAUGGUGAAGUUAUUGGGGGAACAAACCAGCAAACAUGAGAUCAACUCAGUGGUCCAAGAAGUUGACAACAACGGAGAUGGAAAAGUUGACUUUGAAGAGUUUGUCAAAAUGAUGUCAAAGAAAUGAGAGCAAGAGAGAAGACACACUUUAACGUUCUUACACCUGAAGUCCAUCUGCAUAUUGUUUAAAUUUUAAAGAUAUUUUCAGGGAUUAUUUCAGAACAACCAAAAAAAAAGUUAGAAUAAUAAAUUCCUUUGCAAUUUUAGAACUAAUUUUUGUCCUUAAUUUCCCUUACAUCCCACCCUGCACAAGGAUUCCACUAAUAUUUGUUUGCAAUAUUAUUUCUACAUUUCUGUUUAUUUAAGUAUUUUUAAUAAAAGUAAGAGGUUUAAAGUGGUCGUUUGAGGUACGGCAGCUUGUGCCGAAGUAUUGAAGCGAUGAGGUGAUUCUGGAUUUAUGAAAUGGCCUCA